AUGAUAGAAAACCUAUCAUAUCUGAAACCAACGUGGCAAUCAACAACACAUUUUGAUAUGGAAAGCCUUGGGUCGGAUAAAGCUGUAGAUGGCCUCAAAUCCAACCUUUCUUGGUUUGGAAACCAGUGUGCUAUAUCAUCCAACUCUAAAACAUCGGCGACCUGGUGGGUUGACCUCCAAGGCAUCCUUAGUAUACAUCACAUCGUUAUUUAUUAUAGAACAGACCAUUUUCCAUGGGAUGUUGAUAAUGAAUUUAAACGACGAUUUUUGGGAUUCUCAGUUUAUAUUUCAAAUACACGAUAUAAAGAGAAUGGGACCUUGUGCUUUCACGACAACGAGUAUAAUAUGUCAACGAUUCCAGCUGUUGUCAAUAUUUCUUGUACAGUACAUGGAAGAUAUGUCAUAUAUUAUAAUGAAAGAAAUCCAUCAAAAGAUUAUCCACAGAAUUAUUCGGAAACGGCUUAUAGUGAGUUAUGUGAAGUUGAAGUUUACGGUAAGAACUGA